AUGUGCGACGAAAUCGGUAAUCAUGGUGCUUUCGUCGACGAGGCCGCUUAUUAUGAUGCUGCAUCUGAGUUCUCUCUAGUCGAGGGUGGGCAGCUGGACUACUAUGACUUGCGAGCCGACGACAACAUACAGUUUAAAUCGCGGGCUGAGGUCUGCAAGGCUGAGCUCGUUAACGAGAUGUUCCGUGGGCCGUGUACGCGCUGUCGUGCCGUGCGUUGGUCCGCAUUAGCGCGCAUGAGGUCAAAGGAACACUCAAUAUACGGCCUACGGGAGUCUCCUUUCGAGCUCGUGGACUCUGCCUGCAAACUCUGCCAGUUUCUGGGAAGAAUUGGACUCCGGAGAGCGAGAUUGACGGAUUCAUACGACGGAAAGCUGAUGUUCCACUUGCGUAUAAGUCUCACGCGCGAAGGCACUCGACGGUGUGUGGUCAUAUUCCUUGAAGGCCUUUCGGAAGGAUGUCCGGUCACUCUUCAUUCUGCUGCCGACAAUGGGGCUUGGAUUCCUCAAAUCAUCGACCCAAGUUUCGUCAACUACGCUGCUCUCAGGCGUUUGCUAUCUCAUUGCCAGGUCGACCACGUCGAUACUUGUCACCCAAAGUCGGGGGUGGACCUUCCUGGAUUCAAGGUCAUAGAUUGUACCUCACGAACCAUUGUUCCAGCGCCAGCGGAAUGCAAAUACGUGGCAUUAUCAUACGUCUGGGGUCUAUCGCUGCCCUUGGAGGCGCAGGAGCGGUCCACUGCAUGCUACCCUGCAACUAUCGAGGAUAGUCUCAAAGUCACUAUGGAGUUGGGGUUUCGCUACCUUUGGGUGGAUCGAUACUGCAUAGACCAAGACAACAAGAUUGAGAAACAUGCGCUGAUACAGAACAUGGACCAGAUAUACAGUAAAGCGCAACUCACAAUCAUUGCGGCAGCCGGUAGUGAUCCUACUUAUGGCCUUCCCGGUGUAGGAUCGAAGCCUCGUUCCGUCCAGCAUCAUGUCAGAGUUGGAGACAUGAAGCUUGUACAGUUGAUGUAUCCCGGUUCGGAUUUCCCUAGAUCAGCCUGGUGGGAACGCGCCUGGACCUAUCAAGAAGGAGUCCUCUCGCCACGCAAACUAGUCUUCACAGAUCACCAGGUUUUCUACGUAUGCAACCAGACCCACUUCGCCGAAAGCCUAAACGCGUAUACCGCGGGAGCCGCUGGCGUUAAAACCGACUCAUUCCCUGGAAGCAGCUCGUUCUCCGAUAUGGUGCUGCCCACUGACUCUAGGAGCUAUGAAUCAUAUUUGAGAGAUAUUACGGCGCGUGCGCUCUCGCACGAGUCCGACGCACUUAAUGCCUGCCUAGGCAUCCUCAAGGCAACAAAUACGUCGCACGUAUGGGGAAUACCGAUCCGUACCUAUCCAAUUCCCACCAUAGCUCUAUGCUGGCGCCACAACACCCCGGCACAUAGACGCCUUGACUUCCCAAGUUGGUCAUGGACCGGCUGGAAGGGAGCCGUGGACUUCCGUGACAGCAUUGUCACGAGCCGCUUGUGUCAGAUACGCCUUGGAAACGACGACCAGAACUGGCAGCGAGUGGAUGAAUAUGUAUGGAGUGGCCGAGCACAAGAGGACGCGGGUAGAAACAACGCACCCAGGCUUUUGCAAAUGACCGGCUCAGUUUUGGACUGUACCCUCCUAGACCAGCAAUGGCCUGACCUGGAUGAUUUCGGAACUGCUGGGCCGCAAGACGACCGACCAAAGCCGUACUUUCUCCUAGAACUUAAUGGGUUAUCAGCGCUAGCUACUCUCUACUUGGACGAAGAAAUGGAAAGCGUGCAGCAGCUUCGCGGCGUGAUCGCAAUGGCGAUGAGAGCCGGGAGCGAGGGGUCCUGCAUAACUGCACUGCUUCUAAAGCCCAAAGGAGAGUUUUACACCAGGGUCGGUAUGCUGGAGUUGUCAUGCGGUGAUCAAUACUGCAAUGAAUUGCCCGGGCUACACCCGUUUUGGGAGCGACGGGCUGAAGCAAGAACAGUCAUUGUGGAGUGA